AUGCACACCGCCACGAAUUACUACCUCUUCAGCCUAGCGGUGUCGGAUCUCCUGCUGCUCAUGAGCGGACUUCCGUCCGAGAUGUACUACAUAUGGUCGAAUUACCCUUACAUAUUCGGGGAGGCCUUUUGCGUAGUGCAGAGCUUCGCUGCCGAGACCUCGGCCAAUGCCACUGUGCUCACCAUCACUGCCUUCACGGUCGAGAGAUACGUAGCCAUAUGCCACCCGUUUCUAUCCCACACGAUGUCAAAGUUGUCGCGCGCCGUCAAGUACAUAAUCGCCAUUUGGUGCCUGGCCCUGUGCCUGGCCAUUCCUCAAGCCAUACAAUUCGGCAUAGUCUACCAAAAAUCGUCCAACGGCACGUUCAUCGACAGCAGUGCCAUGUGCUCCGUCAAACCAACCUCCAUCCAACACGCCUUUGAAAUCUCGAGUGUACUAUUCUUCGUCGUCCCGAUGCUCAUUAUAGUUGUCCUGUACAUGCUCAUUGGCCUUAAACUGAAAAAUACGAGGCUCUUGAGCAUCUCCAACAGGAAUCCCAUACCGAAUUACGAUUACUCGGACAACAUCAGAGCCAAGAGCUGCGCCCAGAGGAACGUCAUUAGAAUGCUGGUGGCGGUGGUCGUGGCGUUUUUCAUUUGCUGGGCGCCCUUUCACGCCCAACGGCUAUUGGCCGUUUACGCCCAGAGAAACAAAAAGGACGAGCGCAAGAGGACCAUCGUACUGCCGUUCUACACCGCGCUCACUUACAUAUCCGGGGUUUUGUACUACUUGUCUACGACGAUAAACCCCCUGCUGUACAACAUCAUGUCCAACAAGUUCCGCGAAGCUUUUAAGGUAAGUGAAAAUUUGGAUAUGUGUUUUUUGACCCAAAGUGGGUCUGGUUUAAUAAGCAUUUUCGUACAUGAAAAGGUAAUUACGAUUAGAUCACAAGAAGAAGAAGAAAAAAACAUGGUGAGGCUACACGUAAAGAGGCAAACCGAGAGCUUGUUUUUGUACGACACCAGCGUGGAGGCAAAGGUCGACGAAAUUAUCCAAGAAGUAACAGCCAUUCAUAACGGACGGCUGAAAGUGUCCAGACUCUGUUACGAUCUGGAAGACCUGGCCGAGCACGGUACGAUGCUACCGCCAAACAUGCAAGGCCUGACCGAUGACCAGAUCGAAGAGCUCCACCUGACGGACGAGUGGGGCGAAAAGUGCAUACCCUCGGGUGGCUGGACCUUCAACAGAGACGUCAUGGGACGCAGGAACGGCAAGCAGCCCCAAGAGAACAUGCAGGCUGUCGUGAAAAAGGCCAUCGAAGACGCUCGGGCUUUGAUAUCCAAGAAGCUAAUCGAGCAGGACAAGCUGGUGACCAUGAGAGUCGUCCAAGAGGCGCUGGACGUGUUGAGGGGAGCCACGAUGAUCGUGUACCCGAUGGGUUUGCCACCCCAUGACGUCAUUCGCUUGGAGCUCGAAAACAACGAGGACCUCAGUGGGACCCACGCCUCGCUCGAGGUGAUCGACUUCCAGAUGGCCCAGUUGUGGUUCUCGGGCAAGGAAUUGCUACGCGGCUGUAAGCUAAAGGAAUUCGCGGGCAGCAACGAGAAGACCAAAAUCGUCGUUAAACUGUCCAAGCGCGGCUCCGGGGCACCACCGCGCGAGCCCGUUCUGACGGAUGACGAUCGCAAGCAGCUCAUGCUACAAGCUCACAGGCGCCAGGAGGAACUGAAGGACGAGCAAGAUAAUGCAAAAUACGUCUGA